UUCAAAUGACUGACACAAUUCCAAGAUGGCGGACCAUAUGUUCGCGAAGAACCCGAGCUUUGAGUUCAAUGAGCCUAGAACACGGUGUAUACCUGACCCUGAGGAUGAUAACCUAUACAUAUUCAAGACCCCGCUAGAGAUUGUGCCAAGGUCAGAGUGGGGUGCUGCAGACCCCUACACCCUGGACCUGUCUACACAUCCCCUACCUCACAUCUUCAUGCUGCUGAUGUACACGAGGACUGGGGUGUGUCGCGGAGACAACUACUGUGCUAGAAUACUGCGGGAGGUGCAGCAAGAACAUAUGCUGAAGAGGAACUUACCUGACAUACAAUGGAAUUUCAUGAUUGGAGGGAACGGUAAAGUUUACGAGGGAAGGGGAUGGAAAUACUCCGCUACAAAGGACUCAGAGAACAUGUCCUGGGAUUGGAAAUCAUUCGACGUCGCUUACAUUUGCAGCAAAGAGGAGGAUGUUACAAAACAAAUGAAGAACGCCGCUAGCAAACUGGUCAGGCUUGGUAUUCAGUUAAACAUGCUGGUUCGAGACUUCGUAGUCCUGGACGAUAUGAUCUUCAGACCUGAGGACUAUCCUAAACCAGAGGGGAAAAACAUGAAGCUGUAUACACGACUUUAAUUGCAACCCGUUUAUUGUAGAUGUUUUAUUUCAUUUUUUAAACUAAGAUUUUUAUAACCUUACUUUACACGUAUUAUGUGUACAUAUUUAAAACAUAUUAAUUAAAAAGAUCGAUUAAAAUAAAGAAACAAUAUAAUUUCUAUACGUUAACAUAGAAAAAAAUACAAACUACUGGAAUAUGUUAAAUAGAAUUUCAAUAGCUUAAACUAUACAAAAUAUUUGACUAAAAAAUAUUUGACUAAAAUUUCAAAAACAACAAUAUGUUAAUAAUUUAGUCCUAAUUUAGUUAAUAAUUUAGCUAUAAAAUUCUAUCCUCACUCACCUAUUACAUAAAAAAAAAAAACUAAGAACUUUGCUGGACUUAGUGAAAAGCAUUUCAACCAAGCCUUUAACAAAAUAUAUUUUAAUUGUUUUAGUAAAAUAUGU